UUUCUGAUAGGUGAAAAGAUGGAUUAUCGUUGUGGCAAUCCACCUUCUAUUUGCCACUUUUUAGAUGAUGUAAAGGAACGUUGUAUCGGUCGUAUGCGUAGAGAGAUUGGUGAGCAUGCUUCUUUUGAUAACGGUGUGCUCGUCAAGAACUUGGCCAAAGAUACUCGUAGAUCGAUCCAUCGUACAUUGGCUAAGCAUGGUGUAGGUCAAUUAAGUGAAGAUAAGGAUGUGAGUACCUAUGUGACCAAAGUGGUUGCUUCUAUUGUUGGUACAUUAGAUCAAUGGAUCGAAAAGGAUGUUGGCCAACUAUGUGAAGGCCCUGAUCAAAAAGAGGUCUGUAAUAGCUGGAACGAUGAUAUCAAAAAGAAGAUCUUGGUGUGGCCUUAAAUAAAGUUAAUAUUGAGGGGGAGCCUAAAUAUACUCAAAUUUUUUUUUUUCUUUUCUUCCCCCCUUUCCUAGUAAUGAGCAACAAUAACCAACAGGGCACCUUGAAGCAAGCUAUGCUUGCUGGUGCUUGUGCUGGUACAGCUGUAGAUACCGUUCUUUUUCCAUUGGACACGAUCAAGACAAGAUUACAAUCACAACAUGGCUUCAUUGCCUCUGGAGGCUUUCGAGGCAUUUACUCUGGUUUAUUAAGUGCAGUUAUUGGAAGUGCACCUAAUGCUUCCUUAUUUUUUGUUACCUAUGAAGCCACCAAACGCGUCUUGAGUACAACCCUAGAUCAUGCACCUCUGACGCACAUGAUCGCAGCUUCAUGUGGUGAAACGAUUGCCUGCACAGUAAGAGUGCCUACAGAAGUGAUCAAGCAACGUAUGCAAACCAAGCAAUUUACAUCCACAUCAGCCGCCGUCUCACAUGUGCUGCGAACCGAAGGUAUUCUAGGCAUGUAUCGUGGGUUUUUAUCGACUGUGGCUCGAGAAAUUCCAUUUACGUGUAUUCAGUUCCCAUUGUACGAAUACUUUAAACAAUCCUAUGCAGUUAUGAAGGGUCGUCGUACUGAGCCUUAUGAGGCUGCCUUCAUGGGUUCUGUGGCUGGUGGUAUUGCAGCAGGAGUGACAACACCUUUGGAUGUUUGCAAGACUCGAAUCAUGCUUUCUCAUAAAAACCAAGCAUCUGGAAAACAUUAUGAUGGCAUCAUCUCCACCAUGAAACGUAUCGUAGCUGAAGAAGGACCAAGAGCCUUAUUCUCUGGUGUGGGUCCUCGUAUCAUGUGGAUAUCGAUUGGUGGAAGUAUCUUUUUAGGUGUCUAUGAAAAAGCUCUCAAAACAUUUGUACAGCUUCAUGUAUUAGAUGAAAGAUUUUAAGUCACUCUUUUUUAUAUUUUUUCUUGUUCUUGUAUGGAAACAACCUCACUUGUAAAUGCUAUUCUUACAUUCAGCCAAUUAUUAAAAGAAGCCGGACAACCUAAUGUGGCAUCCUGGCAGCCACUUUUUAUAACACAAUGUACAGAUUGGUGUAUAUUUAUUGAAACAGAAUUAGCUUCAUUGUCAAAUGAGGAGCGUCAGCACAUAAGAACAAGGGCACAACAAGACACAAAAGAUAUUUUACCUUCAAUUGAUCAACUCUUGGAUGCACAUCAUUAUUUCUUUAAAGUAUUGUUAAGGAACGUUUUUUUAAGUAAUGACACGUAUUUAUAUAUUAUGAAAAACUAUCGAUUCCUAAAUCAACCUGAGCAAGAUGUCUUGAUGAAGGACAUGACAGGUUUGACUCAGGAAGCA